AUGUGCUUAUGGGGGUUGCUAAGCAGCGACCCUCUUCUUGCCGGCCUCUCCAACCCCAUUCCCCCAGAACAUCACUCCUUUUCAUCACCAACCACCCCAAUCGCCCCCAGCACACCCUCAGCCCACCCCCUCCCCAGCCAUCUCUUCUUCCGUCCUCCCUAUCUAUCUAUCUAUCCUUCCCUCAUUAAUCAUCUCCUCUCUCACGAUUCUACGAGCAAGACUGAAACUCACAAGCAGACCAUGUCCCUGAAGGCUGAAAUCGAAACCUGGGCAGCUGCUCUAGAACUUUACGACCAGCAAGCCUUCGACGAAGCCCUAGCGGCAUUCGAGGACAUUGCAGACUCCUCCAAGAUCCUCUUCAACAUCGGCCUGAUCUAUGCCACCUUGGGUGAACAUGAGGUGGCUAUCGAGAACUUCAGGACGGCCACCAGUCUCGAUCAAUAUCUUGCAGUUGCUUACUUCCAGUGCGGAGUCAGCAACUUCCUCCUCGGCAUGUACGAGGAAGCCGUCAAAGACUUCGAAGAUGCCCUUAUGUAUCUAAGGGGCAAUUUGACGAUAGACUAUUCCCAACUUGGACUGAAAUUCAGGCUGUAUUCAUGCGAGAUUUUAUUCAAUAAAGGACUCAGCCUAAUCUAUCAAGGAGCCGAGGCGGAAGGUAUGAUAGAUCUUCAGGAAGCACGCAAGGAGAAGCAGACGGCGGAGCACUCGGUCAUAGAUGAUGCAAUUGCAGACCGCGCGGAGGGCUAUACGGUGUUCUCGAUUCCAGUGGGAGUCCUGUACCGGCCAGCGUCGAGCAAGGUGAAGAACCUGGCCUCGAAGAACUAUUUAGGACAGGCAAAGCUGGUCGCUGCGACGGAUGCGUCGGAGACGUUUGUGGGCUUCACAGGCUCGGCGCGAGCGGCAGCGAAGACGAGCACCGGGCCUGUAGCAUCUGUGCCGAUGCCCGGCAGUCCUCCUGGUCCAUCUGGGAUAGUCCGACGAGGCACGACGGCGGCGCGGAUCGAAGGCACGGUCACUGGUCGGCCGGCGCCCGCCAACGACCUCCGACGUCGGCCCAGCGAGAACACCGCGACGGUCAAUCCUACCCGGCUCAAUCGGAGCGCCACCGCCAGCUCGGGCUCCCGUGCGGGAAGACUGCCGACGAUGGCCGAAAAACGCGAGCCCGAUGACCGGCCACGGUACGGCUCCCGCGCACGAGGCUCCGCCGGAACCGAAUCGUAUGAAGACUAUGAGGACCCCAACGAGCCUUAUCCCUCUCGUGGUGGACCUUCUGAAGACCGGAUGACCAACUGGGCCCGCAACGUCAGCGUCUCGGGUUCCUCCACCGGCCGUAGUCGCACAGGCCCCCCCAUACGAAGACCCCCGCCUAGUAAUAGUCCCUACGACGAUCGUGAUGGCAGUGAGGCGGAUUAUCCCGAAACUGUCAUGAGCGGCGGGUACGCCGAGAUGACGAAGAUCCGAGUCAAACUACAUCACGGAUCAGACACACGAGGAAUGGCGGUCUCGACAGAAAUGCAAUUCGAAGAUUUCUUGGGGAAAGUGACCAAGAAGUUUUCAUUAAGAGCGGGCCGAGUCUCGAUGAAAUAUAAAGAUGAGGAAGGCUCGAUGGUGUCGAUUCUGGACGAUGAUGAUUGGGAGUCUGCGGUUGAGACCGCGAGAGCUUAUGCCAAAGGCCGCGCCGAAGGAAAGGUGGAGAUCUGGGUCGAAGAUACUGGCUUUCUUUGA